ACACUUCUUAGAGCAAAUUUCGGACGACGAAACCAAAUGCUUUUAUGCCAAUCCUAUUGUUUAUGUUAUCGGCCGACAUUCGCGUGUAAUUAUUUCACGAGUUUUAUAUUCGAAAUCUUUUCAGAGGACGUCACAUUCGCUAAUCUGAUCAAAAGAUUGUGCCACGAGAUUUCACGAUUUUAGAGCAGCAUUUCUUUUCAUCGGUUCUUUUAAUUGAUUGCCUUUUGCUUUAAUAUCUCGAUUAGAUUUUGUUUUUUUAAAUCUCCUCUGCUGAACGCAGUUAUUGGCAAGACGGUCAGUUUUAAUGUUAUGAAUAUGCAGAUUUUAUGACUGCAGUGAAGCCUUUCAAUGUGCGAGGGCCCUUCGUCAAUAUGUGGACCAAUCCCACCAGAUCCGUCGUUGUUUCCCCAGUACUACAAAAAGCCUGCUUCAGCUUUGGGUCGUCUGGAGGGAAACGAACGGGGUACGUCGGCGCUGCUGUCGGGGCCCCUGGCUCCGGAUCCUGUACUGCACCCUGACUGCUACAGCGCUCAGGCCUCACCGCGACGGCCACGCAUCGGCGCCAACGCUUCCCACAUUCUGGAGCGAGGACAGAGAGGCGUCAUGCGGGAGCUUCUGAAAGCGGAUUAUUUUCCUGACGCGGAACUAACGAAACCAAGGCGAGCCUUGGACUUUCGCAAAGACAACAUCCGGCGGCUUCGGGAAAUCCAGAGACGCUGCAAAGAAGUGGAAGCUGAGAGGGCCCGUUCCGCUCCGAUCAAAGCUUUGUGGACUUCGACGAAAUACCACAAUGUCCAGUCCAAAUUUAUGGACGACAUACAGGUUACCAGUCCAGCCGUGAAACCGCAGUGUCAAAAUUUUCUGAAGGCUCACUCUCAAAAUAAAGCAACCCCAAGACCGCACUCAACGCCCGCCGCUGUGACCUCGGGUCACUCUUCCGCGUCUGAACGGGACAAGAAUUUGCAAGUAAAAGGCCAGAGCAUCGACUUCAUCAAGUAUAACGCACGCGCUGCGGGAAAGACGAUGCAGAGGUCCCAGUCGCUGACAAACCUGCGCGAUAAAUCGGUGCCCAGCGCUGUCAUAGGCCAGGUGCCUCACUACAUAGAGGAGAGGAAGAAACAGUGGCGUAAAGCGGAAGAGGAGGAGAGGAGGAAGAAACUGAAUCCAUCCGUUCCAGCUGGACACACGUUAAUGUCUGAAAGUGACAGGCAGGAAACUCUAAAAACGCUUAAAGAAAGCCAUCGGUCCCUGGUGACAGAGCUGCUGUUGCUUCCCCUCAAAGCCGACAAUCUGAGUGUCCGCUCGCGCCGCGCGCAUCUCGAUCGGAGACUUUCGGAGAUCGAGGAAGCCAUCAAAAUAUUUUCCAGGGAUAAAGUUUAUGUUAAAAUAAAUUCCUAACCAGGAAAGAGGCCGAGGCGGGACGUCCACUGCUACAAUGUUUAAAAUGUUGAUUUUGACUUUUUUGUUCAAUUAUGCAACAUCACAGAAUGAAUAAGUUCAGUAUUGCUAAUGGAGCAGAAGAUUUGGAGUUGGAGAAAAGUCCUCUCAAAACUUUUAAAUGACUUUGUAUAAAUAUAUUUGUAUGUACUGCUACAUUAUUUGGUGUUUUAAAGUAUAAAUAUAUUUGUAUAUACUGCUACAUUAUUUGGUGUUUUAAAGCAAUCAUGUAAUAAGCAAAUGAGAUGACAGUACAAUAAUAUUUCAAGCAACUUUGGUAAAUAUUGUACAGCCACUUUAAUAAAGCUGAAUAAGGAUAAACAUUGUUGGUAUAGACAUCUUCCAAACAUGUUUUAGGAAGUAUAAUAUACAUUUUUGUAUGAACUUUGUUUCAUCAAGACGUUAAAUGACAAGUUGUUAAAUGUACUUUCGAUGUAAAGUUGAAUGUGUGCUUUUUUUCCCCGUUAUUAUUUUUUCUUUAUGGAAUAAAUUCGUGCAGCAAGA